AUGGCCUACCGUCUCAUCACCCAAGUAGUCGUCGUCGGCUCGCGCGUGCUCGGCCGCGCCUUCGCCGAGGCCUACAAGCAAGCGGCCGCCUCCUCGCAGUACCAGCGCGCGCAGCAAAAGAACGGUAACUCCACCACAGGACGCGCCAGCCUGACCAGCGGCAUGACGCUCGACGAGGCUUGCAAGAUUUUGAAUGUCAACAAGCCGGCGGACGGUGCGGCGGCCAACAUGGAGGAGGUGAUGGAGCGGUUCAAGCGCCUUUUCGACGCCAACGACCCGGAGAAGGGCGGCUCCUUCUACCUGCAGAGCAAGAUCGUGCGGGCGCGCGAGCGCCUCGAGGCCGAGAUCAGGCCCAAGAUGGAGGAGAAGCAGGCCGAGGAGGAGGUCAAGGAAGGGUGGAACCCCAAGAUUUACAAGGACCGGUGA